UGCCAGUGAUGGAAAGUCGGUGGCAGAAGUGCAGAGUGGCCGGUGAUAAACUGGGUGUCAAUUAACGGAGAACUUCCAACGGUGAGCAGACACACACAGCGCAAGAGGAUAAACGAUGGAGUGGCGCCAGCAGACCAGCCUCAGCUGUGAAGACGCGUUCAACGAGGCUCAACGCUGGAUUGAGGAAGUGACUGGAAAAUCGUUCGGCUGCAACGACUUCCGUGCUGCCCUGGAGAAUGGAGUCCUGCUUUGCGACUUGAUCAACCGGUUGAAACCUGGCAUUAUAAAGAGAGUAAACAGACUUUCUACUCCCAUUGCUGGCCUGGAUAACGUGACUGUAUUCCUGAAGGCUUGUGGGAAACUGGGACUGAACGUGUCUCAGCUGUUUCAUCCAGGAGACCUGCAGGACCUGUCUACUCGGGUAACACUCAGGCGUGAUGAAAGCGACAGAAGACUCAAAAAUGUUCUCAUCACAAUCUACUGGUUGGGUCGCAAGGCUCACCUAGACGCUUUCUACAGUGGCCCUCAGCUGAACUUCAAGGCCUUCGAAGGGCUGUUAGGGUUGGCCUUGUCCAAGGCUCUAGAUGAGGGCAGCAAUGUGUUUGUGAAAGAGUGCUGGUACCCGGAGAGGGAAUGUCGGCUCAAGAGACCGAGCUACAAGACACAGCACUCUGUGGACAUUAUUGACUCUCUGGAUUCCAGAGCCCUCCGCCCAAACAGUGAAGGUUGUGGAAGUGACGCUGAAGCUGAGCAGGUGUUCAAGAUGGAGACAACACGGCCCUCAACCCAACAAAAUAAAGGUUAUAUCCCAACGCCACUCCUACGGAGAAAACAAGGACAGGAGGAGAAUGGACGGGGCUGCACUAGUCCACUUGCCAGAGCAUAUCAAAUCCAGGUCAGACCUGAGAGACCAGUUCAGGUCAACCCUGGCUGGAUUUGGAGCAAAUCCCUCAGUGACAUCCCGAUGGUGUACCCUGUGCGUAAAGUUUGUGAUGGGAACACCAUCAAUGAUUUGGACCACGACACAGACAUGGCAGGGGAGUGCAACCAAGAAAACAAAUGGAAGUGUAGCGUUGCUGCCAAGGACAGUGAAGCUCAGUGGCAUGAUGACUUGACAAAGUGGAAGAAUCGUCGCAGGAGCACCAAGUCUGACCUCCGCAGAAAAUCGCAAGACAGAGAGCACGUCAUUAACCAGAUGGCCAAUGGGGCCAUGAUUAAGUUUGAGAAGAAAGAAGCACAGGGCAGACUGCUGAGAGACCAGCAGUCACCACGCAGGCAUUACGCUGCCCCUCGUCCUUACUCCACCUCUCCUCCAUCAAAGACAUCCAGCUCUGAUCUCCGUCCACAUACUCGGGCUCUGCUGGCCCGCAGCUACGCCACAGAGGCACCUUUCAGCCCCACGUCUCCACUGAGCACCCACAACUCAGCCCACACUCCGGGAUCAUCAGUUGGAGCCAUGCCGGCCUCUGAUGGGAACAUCUUUGGAGAGGAGACCCACUCCGCCUCCUUGGCUUCAGACGGAGCAGGAGUUACCACCCCUUCUCUAGACUGUCCUUUCAGCUCCCAGACCCAAGUCAAAGUGCAGUGCAGCCCAGCGCCUCUCCAGUUCAAAACAGAACUGGCACAACCAGAAAAGGUUUUUACAAGCCAAAUCUCCACCCUGAUUACAACUAUACAGCCAAAUGUGACCACAAAAUCAACCAAGACCAGGGAUCCUACUGAAUCCAUGUCAAGUCACCAGGAACCUCCAUUCUGUGGUGUUCCCACUUUGGGCCCCGAUGCUGUUUAUCAGGCAGGAGUUGGUGCUCUGGAGGACUUGGCCCACGAGAACCACAAGUCCCAGGAAGAGAGCCAGAAGACAUCUUGGGAACCAGCUGUGGAGCAAGGCAGAGGCCAGCAGGUUGCAGGCGUCUACAAGUACUUGUCCAGAGCAGGAUCGUGGUCCGGCUCAGCCAGCCUUCCUCGUGGCUACCGGAGGUCCGAGGGCUCAACUCGUCUCUCUUCUGCAAUCACAGCCAGACCCUUUGGGACCAAGCAGUCCAGGGUGUCCUCGCUGCCGAGACUGUGCAACGUUGACAACAACGAGGGUCGGCUUUUGAAAAAUGAGAAAGAAGAAUCUUUUUCUCCAUCCAACAAAUCUUCACUCAAAAGGCAGACCGCAACCGCCCAUCUGAAAGGUCAGCACCAGGCUUCAAUCAGACAGAAGGAAGCUAACCAGGCGAAGCAGAAUGACACAGAGGAGGUGAAAGGUGCCACUCUCUCCAGCCGGACCAAUGGCUACAACUAUCAGCCCUACACCCAAACCAAGCUAGUGCUGCGACCGCAAUCAAACCUGCAGAACAGUCACAACAAAGGCUCGACCCUCCCAUCUCAUCCAAGCAUUGACCUCCCAAAGGUGGAUCACAGUGACAUGAGAGUGAGCCUUACUCUUAAACCCAACAGUAGACCAGACUUUGGUUUCCAGACUCAUUGGGACUCCAAAGGGGCGAGAGUCAAAGACAUUCAACCUGGCAGCCCAGCAGAGCUUUGCCAGCUGUGUGCGGGCGAUGAGAUUGUGGCUGUUAAUGGGGUUGCGGUGGCACACAUGAACUACAACCAGUGGAAGGAUAAAAUGACAUCUUCCCUGCAAACCGGCAAUCUGACCAUGGACAUUCGGCGCUAUGGCAACAAGGAUUGGAGCACUAGUGAAGGGAGUCAUCAUAACCAGCCAGGCCAGAGCAGGAUGACCCUCAAUCUGACUGCCGACGCGCCCGUUCUGAUAGGUAGUUCCAAUCACCAUGCCAACAGCGGUGCCUCUACAGGAACCCCAGGCAGGAAAGUGUCCAAAUUGAAUGGGCAGACAGACAAUGUUUUACAAGGUAAAGUCAUGCAUGGCGAGCUCGCUGACAACCAGGGGACUACAAGAAGUAAAGAUAAUAAUAACAUUAGUAGCAAAAAUCAGAAAAGGAGGGCAGACUUUUUCAAACAGAAAGGAGGCUCAGAAUCUGCAAUAUCUGAUCUCCAGGUGCCAUCCCUCAGCCCCUCCUCCUCCAGCUGGUCGUGGGACCGGGAGGAGGAUCGGAGGCGUCAGGAGAAGUGGCAGGAAGAGCAGGAGCGCCUCCUACAGGAACAAUAUCAGCGGGAUCAGGAGAGGCUUGAAUCAGAGUGGCGGAGGGCACAACAAGAUGCAAAGGGGCAGUUAUGCAGGAAGUCAGGGAUCACCUUUGAAACGACCGAUAACGGUGAGAGCCCUGCCUGCACCCAGCCCUAUGUGAAUGGAUUGACAAACAAAAACAGAGAAGAAGAGCGGAGCCCCGACCAAGAUGAGCUGAAAGAAGCAGGAUCGAAACCUCAAAGUAAUGCACACGGAGAGCAGCAUGACAAGAAUUCUGAACAAGCCUGGGCUGAGGACUCCUGUGGUUUUGCUCAGCUGUCUCCUGCACACAGGGCUAAGUCCUUGUCUACCCCAGCAUUAGCCGGCCCCCACAAACCGGCAAGAGGUGAUGAGAGUAAAAGAAAAGGACAGUCUGGGUCUAACUCUGAGAAAGACAGGCAGCAGAUAUUGGAGGAGAUGAAGAAAAGGACUCAGCUUCUGACCGACAGCAGCUGGAUACGCCAGCGCAGCAGCAGCUUUUACAAGGAGCCAAUCUAUGUUGGGGUUCCUAUGAAGAGGUAUGAGUCUCUGGACGACCUGGAAACUUUGCGUCAGUUCCCCCUCUCGACCACUACAUUCAGUUACCCUCGUCCACACUCUGCUGCUGCAGGUUACGGGGCUCCAAGUAGGAACUCCUACUCCCGCUACAGCACAAGCGCAAUAUUAUCCCAGAGAAAUGCAUUAGAUUCCUCUCAUCAUGGCGGUGUGUGGGCUGCCACCGACGUCUCGGAGGAACUGGGGCUGGAGUCCAGGUUCGAAUCCGAAACAGAAAGCUCCACUGUGAGCCCUGCUAUUUCCAACUUAAGUCCGCUGGUGUCCCCUCCAUGUGACCAACAUGUUGUACUCCAGAUCGCAGAGUAAGCAUACACAUCACUGGGAACUCCUGUUGGAUAAAACUAUUUAAACACAGUGGAGACAUCGUCCACACAGCCAAGCCAUGCCUUUUGUCUACAACAGUCUCUGCUGGUAAAACCAUAACGUUUUCUGAUGUGAUAUAUAAAAUGUUGACAAUCUGAGGAUCCACAUACAAAGUAGACAUUUAAUGGCUGUUUUAAUCAAGUAGGGUUAAUUUGGUAAUUAGUCUAUGUUCUUUUUUCUGCUAACUUGUUUCCAAGGAAAUGUAGUUUUAAUAUAUUAAAUAAAGCAAUUAUUGGAAUUAUAAGUGUUUUGCUUAAUGCUUUUAUUUUAAUGUUAGUUUUGCUAUUUUUUUCAUUUCCUUGUUAUAUCCUAUAUCUGUCCAGUAGUACAAUAAAGAAUAUUUCCUUGUUAAUGUAAGCCAUGAAUGGUUAAUGUAAGCCAUGAAUGGUUAAUGUAAGCCAUGAAUUGUAUUUAAGCACUUUCUGUUCUAUUGUAAUCUCACCAAGUGCACUUUGGGGUAAAUCAGUGGUACAGUUUAAAUAACUAUGUAUUUCUCAUGUGAAAGUGGGAAUCUUAACUGAAAUGUUUUUGUAAAUAAAGUAGACUGAACAUA